AUGGCUUCCUCGGAGCAGCAGCAGCGGCAGGCGGAGCAGCAGACGGCCCAGCAAAGGCGGCUCCGCGUCGCCGUCCUCGAAUGCGACGCUCCGCAACCCCAGACGCGGGCCCUGCACAAGUCGUACACCGGCGUCUUCGCCGCUCUCCUCGCCGCCGCCGCCGGGACGUCGCAACCGCGGCGGGAGCUCGAGGAUCUCGUCACCCUGACCGGCUACGACAUCGUCCACGAGCUGCACACCUACCCGGCCCUCGACGACAUCGACGCCGUCCUGCUGACGGGCUCGCGUCACAACGCCUUUGACGAGGAUCCCUGGAUACGGAACCUCGUCGACUUCACCAAGCGCGCCCUCGACAGCGGCAGGGUCCGCGUCGUCGGCAUCUGCUUCGGCCAUCAGAUCGUCGGCCGCGCCCUCGGCAUGCGCGUCGGCCAGAGCGACAAGGGCUGGGAGGUGGCCGUCACCGACGUCGAGUUGACGGACAAGGGCAGGGAGAUUUUCCAACUCGACAAGCUGCGUGUGCAUCAGAUGCACCGCGACAUCGUCUUUGACUUCCCCCCCGACUCCAUCCCCCUCGGCUCCAACGAUUUUUGCGCCGUGCAGGGCAUGUACUCCCCCGACAGGUACCUCACCGUCCAGGGCCACCCCGAGUUCACCAACGAAAUCAUCUCCGAGAUCCUCUUCAACCGCCACACCGUCGGCAUCUUCACCAAAGACGUGUACGAGGAUGCCAUAAGCCGCGCUUCGGUGCCGCACGACGGCGUCGCCGUCGGCAAGGCCAUGCUGAAUUUCAUGCGGCAUGGCUAG